AUGCUCAUCAAAGAACCGAGGUUCCUUGGUAUCCUUUUUGCCAGCCAGAAAGAUUGGGAGGUCGCUCAUUGGUUGAUGCGAACAAACCUUAGCAUGUCAGAAAUUGACGAAUAUCUAAAUCUUGACUCUGUGAGUAAAACAGUCUCUGCAAGCCUAGCCAGGAAUUAUUCCCUACAGCAGGUGGAGAUGUUACCAUCAGGCCCACAUUGGAAGUAUGAAGAUGUCGUAACUGACUGCCCUAUGAAACGCCCACUUUGUCUAUUCUAUCGCAAUGUGAUUGGCUGUCUACAAUCUCUUCUCAGUGAUCCUCAGCUUGCAGAUUGUAUUGAUUUCAACUGUUGGAAGGUUUAUGAGUCUGCCGAUAGACUUUCUCGUGUAUAUAAUAGUUUUAUGAUGGGCAAUCAUUCAUGGUACCUCCAGUGUCAGAUCCCUCAGAGUGCGUCUCUGCUUGGGGUGAUCUUGUCCUUGGACAAAAAAAAAGUCACCAAUAUAUCUGGUAAUCAAUAUGCUCACCCUGUCCUGAUAAGCCUGGCAAACAUCACUUCUUCUUCAUGCGCUAAGGCUUCACUCCAUGCAUAUUUAUUUGUCACUGUAGAGACUCAUGCCUCUCAUGGCGUGAUAUGGCAGUUUUCACCAAGGAGUAUACAGCACGAACUUGCAGCACCACUCUGUGUGCUAUCCACAGCUAUUCCUAUAUGA